UAGAUAUCUGACGGAUACGAACAUUCUCCUUGAAGCGCUCAAAACCAACGCAACUCAGCAUGCCAGCCUCGGAAUCCUCCGCUCUUCGCCUGGUAGCCAGUGCGUUUGCAGCCAUCCCGAUCGGAUUUGGGAUCAAUGCCUUCGUGCGCCCCGAUCAUGCACUGAGCUUCUUCGAGUUCGAAGUGCCCACUUCUCCCGCUGAGAGGGACGUAGUGAACAGCUUGAUGGUGGUUUACGGCGCGAGAGACAUCUUCAUGGGCCUUGCUUUAUUCUCGGCCUUAUUGUUCGGUCAUGCAAAGUCCGUCGGCUGGAUUCUGGUCUCGUUUAGUGCGGUGGCAUUUGUUGAUGGUUACGUUUGUUGGACACAUGGGCAGGGGGAAUGGACUCACUGGGGAUAUGCCCCAAUUCUUACGGUGAUUGGGGCGGCGUUUCUCGGUCUUUUUGAUCGGAGGUAAACACUGCGUGUUCUGGCAUGGAGUUUGAUAGCAAAUUAAUUGACGUGAGCGUGACGGAAUUAUUCUGAUGUAUAGGAAUAUCAUGGUGUACGUACAGCAAGCAUUCAGUGUACUUUGUGA